CAUCACCGCAGGUCCUGUAAGCACACAACUACUAUACGGCUCCGUACGGUCAGCAGGUGGAGACUGCUACAAUAUUAUAUCAACUGUUGAUGAUUUUUCAUGUUUGACCGAUCAACGAUGGAGAGAGACAGAAACAAGAUGGCGGAGAGGAUAAUAAACCUCACCCUAGAGAUACUCUUCCGGCUUACUGGAGAGGAUUACACAAUAGUAAAGAAGUCCUCUAGUGGGCGCUGUCGGGCCCCUCGGUCUAAAGGAUCUGGAAGAACCCCGAGCCCAAUCUCUGUGCCCCCACCUCACUCCCUGAUACAUGAGGAAAUGGAUGAACAGAAGAUCCGAGAAUUCACCAAUAAGAUGAUGGAGCUUCUGACUGGAGAGGUUCCUAUAAGGUGUCAGGACGUGGCGGUCUAUUUCUCCAUGGAGGAGUGGGAGUAUGUAGAAGGACACAAGGAUCAGUACAAGGAUCAGGUGAUGAUGGAGGAUCAGCAGCCCCUCACAUCAGCAGUCAGAUCCAGUAAGAGAACAGCAGCAGAGAGGUGUCCCCGUCCUCUUCUUCCACAGGAUCAGGAUCAGGAAGAAGAUCUGAACAAUAUUAAUGCUACAGACAAAAUGAAAGUAAAACAUGAAGCAGAAAAAGAAACAGAUGUGAGCGGUGAUGAGCAGUAUAAGGAGGACAUUCCUACAGGAAAAGAUCUGAUCUAUAUUAAUUCUACAGACAUAAGGGAAGGAGAGACAUAUGUGAGCGGUGAUGAGCAGUAUAAGGAGGACAUUCCUACAGGAAAAGAUCUGAUCUAUAUUAAUGCUGCAGACAUAAGGGAAGAAGGAGAGACAGAUGUGAGCGGUGAUGAGCAGUAUAGGGAGGACAUUCCUACAGGAAAAGAUCUGAUCUAUAGUAAUGCUGCAGACAUAAGGGAAGAAUUAGAUACAGAUUUGAGCUGUGCUAAUGCUAUUGACAUAAUAGUUAAAGAAGAAGAGACAGAUGUGAGCAGUGAUGAGCAGUUUAUGGAGGAUGUUCCUAUAGGGAAAGAUCUAAUCUAUUUUAAUGCUACAGACAUAAGGGAAGAAGAAGAUGAAGCAGAAGAAGAGACAGAUGUGAGGGGUGAUGAGCAGUAUAUUGAGGACGUUCCUACAGGAAAACAUCCAAACUAUAGUAUCUACAUGAACAUAAAGGAAGAAGAGACAGAUGUGAGCGGUGAUGAGCAGUAUAAGGAGGACAUUCCUACAGGGGAAGAUUUAAUCUAUAUUAAUGCUCUAGACAUAAGGGUAAAAGAAGAAGAAGAGACAGAUACAAGGGUUGAGAAAUAUAUGGAGGACAAUUCUUCAGGUAACCACCCAGAUGACUGUACCGGGAGAUCAGAGGAGAAUUUUAUAUCUUCAUAUUAUAAAGCAGAUGAUGAUAUCACACAAGAUACAUAUGAAGAACAUUCCAUUAUCCCAGAUACACCCUCAGCCCUUCACAGACAAGAUCUCUCAUCUCAUCCUUAUAUACCCUCAGCGCUUCAUGGCAAAGAACCGUCCUCUGAUGCCUUUAUACAGGGCCUAGCUUCUCAUUUAUCACAGGCUGGUCAUCAAAAGAAAAAUCGCAAAAGGGGUAUUGGGCAUAAAAGAGAUCACAAAAGGAAGAAGAAGAUUUCAUGCCCAGAAUGUGGGAAACUGUGUACCUGGAAAUCAGAUCUUAUAAUACAUCUGAGAGUUCACACGGGAGAGAAACCAUUUUCAUGCUCAGAAUGCGGUAAAUGUUUCUCAAGGAAAUUAAGUCUUGUUGAACAUCAGAGAGGUCACUGGGAACAGAAGCCUUAUUCGUGUUCGGAAUGUGGGAAAUGUUUUAAUCGGCAAUCAGAUGUUACAAGGCAUGCGAUAACGCACACAGGGGAGAAGCCUUUUUCAUGUUCAGAAUGUGGGAAAUGCUUUACUCUGAAAUCCAAUCUUGCUAAACAUCAGAGAAUUCACACAGGGGAGAAGCCAUUUUCAUGUUCAGAAUGUGGAAAAUGUUUUACUCAGAAAGCGCAUCUUGCCGAUCAUCAAAGAACUCACACAGGGGAGAAGCCAUUUUCAUGCCGAGAAUGUGGGAAGGAUUUUGCAAGGAAAUCACAUCUUGUUGACCAUCAGAAAAUUCACACUGGUGAAAAGCCAAAUUCAUGUUCAGAAAGAGAGAAAUAUUUAAUAAAAGAGAAAAGAAACCUUGUUAGACAAAGAAAUCGCACAUUGGAGAAGCCAUUAGCAUGCACUGAAUGUGGGAAAUGUUUCACUGUGAAAUCAUCACUUGUUGAACAUCUGAGAAUUCACACAGGGGAAAAGCCAUUUGCGUGUUCAGAAUGUGGAAAAUGUUUUACUUCAAAAUCACAACUUGUACAACAUAAGAAAACUCACACAGGAAAUAGACCAUUUCUAUGCCAAGAAUGUGGGCGAUGGUUUACUCGUAAAUCAAUUCUUAUUGAACAUCAGAAAAUUCACACAGGAGAGAAGCCAUUUUUAUGCCAAGAAUGCGGGAGAUGUUUUAGUCGCAAAUCAAUGCUUAUUGAACAUCAGAGAACUCACACAGGAGAGAAGCCAUAUGCAUGUUCAGAUUGUGGGAAACGUUAUAGCAUUAAAAAGACUCUUGUUGAACAUCAAAGAUCUCACACAGGAGAGAAGCCAUUUUCAUGUUCAGAAUGUGGGAAAUGUUAUAGCAUUAAAAAAGCUCUUAUUGAACAUCAAAGAACUCACACAGGGGAGACACCAUUUUUCUGCCAAGAAUGUGGGAAGUAUUUCUCAAGAAAGGCAAAUCUUGUUGAACAUCAUAAAAUUCACAUAGGGGGAAGCUGUUAUUAUCAACCACAUAUGGAAAAAUCCUACAACACAGUAGUGAAGAAGUCCUCUAGUGGGCGCUGUCGGACCCCUGUAUGUGAAGAAUGGGAAAGAACCCUGAGCCCAAUCCCGGGGCCCCCACCUCACUCCCUGAUACAUGAGGAAAUGGAUGAACAGAAGAUCCUAGAACUGAUCAACAAGAUGAUGGAGCUGCUGACUGGAGAGGUUCCUAUAAGGUGUCAGGACGUGGCGGUCUAUUUCUCCAUGGAGGAGUGGGAGUAUGUAGAAGGACACAAGGAUCAGUACAAGGAUCAGGUGAUGAUGGAGGAUCAGCAGCCCCUCACAUCAGCAGUCAGAUCCAGUAAGAGAACAGCAGCAGAGAGGUGUCCCCGUCCUCUUCUUCCACAGGAUCAGGAUCAGGAUCAGACUAGACUGGCAGUGGAGAGGAAUAAAACGUUUCAGCAUGAAAUGGAUUCAACUCUAAAUUCGCAAAAUCUUAUAAAUCAGGAUGAAGAGCUAAACUAUAGUAAUGAUAUAAACAUAGUUGUAAAAGAAGAGACAGAUGUGAGCGAUGAUGAGCAGUAUGAAGAGAUUCCUACAGGGAAAGAUCUGAACUAUAUGAGUGCUAUAGACAUAAGGGUAAAAGAAGAAGACGACGUAGAAGAAGAGACAUACGUGAGCGAUGAUGAGCAGUGUAUGGAAAUCAUUCCUACAGGUAACCGCACAGAUGAUUGUAUGUGGAGAGGAUAUUUAGAGGAGAAUCUUCUAUCUUCAUAUUAUAAAGCAGAUGAUGAUAUCACACAAGAUACAUAUGAAGAACAUUCCAUUAUCCCAGAUACACCCUCAGCCCUUCACAGCCAAGAUCUGUCUUCUCAUCCUGUUAUACCCGUCCUGUCUUCUAAUCCAUCACACGUUUUUAGGCAAAGUAAAAGUCACAGAAAGGGUGUUGGAAAUAAAAGAGCUUACAAUAAAGAGAAGCCGUUUUCAUGUUUAGAAUGUGGGAAACAGUAUACUUGGAAAUCGGAUCUCCUUAUACAUCUGAGAGUUCACACAGGGGAAAAACCAUUUCCAUGCCCAGAAUGUGGGAAAUGUUUCUCAAGGAAAUUGAGUCUUGUUGAACAUCAGCGAAUUCACACUGGGGAGAAGCCAUUUUCAUGUUCGGAGUGUGGAAAAUAUUUUAGUCUGAAAACAAGUCUUCUCAUACAUCAAAGAACUCACACAGGGGAGAUGCCAUUUUCAUGCCCAGAAUGUGGGAAACGUUUUACUCAGAAAAUACAUAUGGUUGAUCAUCAGAGAAGUCACACAGGGGAGAAACCAUUUUCAUGCCCAGAAUGUGGGAAGUGUUUCUCAAGGAAAGCACGUCUUGUUGAACAUCAAAAAACUCACACAGGAGAGAAGCCUUUUUCAUGUUCAGAAUGUGAGAAAUAUUUUGUUUUGAAAAAACAGCUUAUUAAACAUCAGAGAAUUCACACUGAGGAGAAACCAUUUACAUGUCGAGAACGUGGGAAAUCUUUUACUCAGAAAUCAAAUCUUGUUGACCAUCAAGGAACUCACACAGGAGAGAAGCCAUUUUCAUGUCCAGAAUGUGGGAAAUGUUAUACUCAGAAAUCAUCUCUUGUUGAGCAUCAGAAAUCUCACACAGGAGAGAAGCCAUUUUCGUGCCCAGAGUGUGGGAAAUGUUUCUCUGUGAAAUCAGAUCUUGUUAUACAUCUGAGAAAUCACACAGGGGAGAAACCAUUUCCAUGCCAAGAAUGUGAGAAAUGUUUUACUUCGAAAUCACGACUUCGUCAACAUCAAAAAACUCACACAGGCAGGAGACCCUUUUCAUGCAUGGAAUGUGGUAAGUGUUUUACUCGUAAAUCAAUACUUUGUGAACACCAAAAAAUUCACACAGGAGAGAAGCCAUUUUUAUGCCAAGAAUGCGGAAAAUGUUUUACCCGUAAAUCAAUACUUGUUGAACAUCAGAGAACUCACACAGGGGAAAAGCCAUAUCCAUGUUCAGAAUGUGGGAAAUGUUAUAGCAUUAAAAAAAACCUUGUGGAACAUCAAAGAACUCACACAGGGGAGAAGCCAUUUUCAUGCCAAGAAUGUGGGAAGUAUUUCUCAUGGAAAGGACAUCUUAUUAAACAUCAGAAAAUUCACACAGGGGAGAAGACAUUUUAAGAAACCAUAUGCGGAGAGUAGGUCACCCCAACUGAACAUCAGAAUAUCUGAUUAGAAAAUGGAAAAGGUUUUUUUUUUAACCUGUUUUAUUAAGAAAUAGUACAAGAAACAAAAUAUGAUUACUGUCUUAAGGUAGAUGUCAUAUAAGAGGGAAAACAAUUUAGGAUUGUAAAAUGCAUGUCGUUACUAAUAAAUGUCUC